AUGAAUUUAAGGUUUUACCUUCAAGCGAAAGUUUUACAUAAAAUACCAAUUAUGCUUACUGGAAACAAAAAGCUAACACAUUCUCAUGGGGGAGAGAGAGAGAAAGGGAAAAGGAACAAAUGCAAACGUGAAACAUCCAUCAAACAAUCAUUAGCUCAACUGGCCAGUGGUGGACUGGGUAAUGGACUUUUUAUUCCUUUUUCGUUGUUGUCGACAUCAAAUGCUUGUGGUUAA